AUGGUUGAGGCUGUGGUCAGAGGGCACAGGACAGAGGUGUCGGUCAUACUGAGGCGAGGAUCCAGUCACUCAUAUAUAGCUAGUACCACAUCUGAAAACUUGGGUAUAUUGGUUGAAAGCACUACGAGUGAGGUCACUGUACUAAGUCUGUUGGGACAAUCAAUAAGGGUUAACAAACUGUUUAGAGAUAUUCCUCUAGAGGUUCAAGGAGUUAUCUUUUUGGCUGAUCUGAUGGGACUGCCUUUUGGGAAAUUUGAUCUGAUACUGGGAAUGGACUGGUUGGUUAUACACCAAUUGGUUCGUAAAGGAUGUGAGGCGUAUCUGGCUUACAUCAGUGUUUCAGAUUCUAGGGACACUUCGGUUAAUGAUAUCAGGACAGUUAUGAAGUUUCUAGAUGUUUUUCUUGAAGAGCUACGUGGGUUACCUCCGAAUCCUGAAGUAGAGUUUGGGAUUGAGUUCCUUCUUGGUACAGCUUCAGUGUCUCUCGCCCUUUAUAAAAUGACACCGAAAGAGCUUGUGGAGCUUAAGGCCCAGAUUCAAGAGCUAUUAGAUCUUGGGUUCAUCUACCCUAGUGUGUCUUCGUGGGGAGUACCGCUAGAGUCUAGAAAGGAGUUUACUGUGUACAGCGAUGCAUCACAUGUUGGUUUGGAAUGUGUAUUGAUGCAAGUGGGUAAGGUGGUAGUGUAUGCGUCUCGCCAGCUUAAAACUCAUGCGGCAAGUUAUUCGACGCAUGACUUAGAGUUGGCCGCAGUGAAGGAGCUAAAUCUUAGGCAACGUAGGUGGAUUGAGCUGCUUAAGGACUACAACUGUACUAUUGAAUACCACCCUGGUAAGGCUAAUGUGGUGGUCGACGCACUGAGCCGUAGAACUAUGACUGACCUGAGGGCGAUGUUUGCUCGCCUCAAUUUAUUUGAUGAUGGUAGCCUGUUGGCCGAACUACAAGUUAAACCGAUAUGGAUAGAACAAAUUAAGGUGACUAUGGACUUCGUUACUGGGUUACCCCUCACACCUACUAAGAAGGAUUCUGUAUGGGUCACCGUGGAUCGAUUGACCAAGUUCGCCCACUUCAUCCCAGUUCGUACUGACUACUCUCUGCAGAAGCUGGCUAAACUUACUGCGUUUCGUCCUCUGACUGACGAUCAGUCAGAGAGGGUGAUUCAGAUACUGGAGGAUAUGUUGAGAAGUUGUGUGAUUAAUUUUCGAGAUAGUUGGGAGGAUUACUUGCAAUUAGCAGAGUUUGCUUAUAACAGUAGCUAUCAGUCUAGCAUUCAGAUGACACCUUACGAGGCUUUAUAUGGUCGUAGGUGUCGCACACCUUCAUGUUGGUCUGAGUUGGGUGAGCGGCGUGUUCUAAGAGCUGAACUAGCUUCUGAUACCGAGGAUAAAUUGAAGUUACCUCUAGAAUUGGAUCGAAUUCACGACGUGUUCAACGUCUCUAUGUUGAGGCACUACCGCUCUGUUUCCACGCAUAUUGUUCUUGUUGAGGAGAUCGAGGUUAGGCUAGAUCUGACCUUUGAAGAGGAGCCAAUUCAGAUUUUAGAGCGUGAUGUAAAUGUUCUAAGAAGAAAAUCCAUCCCGUUGGUUAAGGUUCUGCGGCGUAAUCAUACCACUGAAGAAGCUACAUGGGAACAGGAGGAUGUGAUGCGCCAUCAGUAUCCUCACCUUUUCGGACCAGAUAAAUUUUGA